CUCUUUUCUAUUAUAUAAAUAAAAUUAAUAGAAUGUAUUGUCUAUGAUGAUGAUAUACAAUUGUUAUCGGGUGAAGUCUGGGUUUGGAAACAGGGCUACUCCAUUUUAAUUGGGCACAAAUUAGGGUUUUAUCAGCAUCCUCACACUUCCUCUCUCCACUCUGAAAUCGCGCGUGAGAGCAGAGAAAUAGCUUUCAACCAUGGCGACUAUAAUUCCAACAACCGAAGAAGAUCCUGUUCUUUCCGUCGUCCGUUUUAUUAAUGAAUUUUCUUGGGCCGACGCUGGUGCCGAUGUUGCUCAUACUCAAGUUGAGGAAUUUUGCCAAGAAGCGCAGAAUUGUAUGGUGGAUGGAAGAUGGCUUGAUUUGGCUUCGUUGAUUCUCACAUCUGCCGAUGUGGUUUUUACGAAAGUUGCUGAGAGAGACAUUGAGUGUGUCUACACUGUAAUUUGCAACCUGGUUACAAAGCCUGAGAAUCGUGAUGAGGUUUUGAAUAUUGUGACACAUGUGUGUGAAAAAGUUAUCCAACAUCCAAAUGAGAAGCCUGCUCUGCGCUUGAAGAUAUUGUUCAAUCUAUAUAAUCUACUUGAAGACGCAAACAUCCGUUUCUAUGUCUACUUGAAGGCCCUCAACUUUGCUGUCAGUGGUAAAGUUACUGAGCAUGUUAUUCUUUCUAUCAUGAAAAUUGAUACUUUCUUGAAGGAAUGGGAUCUUACUGUCCAAGAUCAGAGAGAGCUUUAUCUCGCAGUUUUCAAAGUUUUAAAAGAGAGUAAAAGCUCUGGAAAGGAAUCAUUCAACUUCCUUGCAAAAUAUUUGGCAACAUUCGCCCCUGAAGAUGAACAUGCUAUGAAUGAAGUCAAAGAGGAUGCUGCCAAUGCUAUAGUUGAGUUUGUGAAGGCUCCUGAUAUGUUUCAGUGUGAUUUGUUGGACAUGCCAUCAGUAGCACAACUGGAGAGUGAUGCCAAAUACUCACUUUUAUAUCAACUUCUGAAGAUCCUCCUCACUCAGAGGCUGGAUUCUUACUUGGAAUUUCAGACAGCAAAAUCUGACUUGCUGAAGAGCUAUGGCCUUGUUCAUGAAGAUUGUCUGGUGAAGAUGAGACUGAUGUCAUUGGUUGAUCUUGCCUCUAGUGAAUCCGGGCAAAUUCCAUAUGCUCUUAUCAAGGAUACUCUUAGAAUCAAUGAUGAUGAGGUAGCGUAUUGGGUUGUAAAGGCCAUUACUGUCAAGUUGCUUGAUUGUAAGAUGGAUCAGAUGAAUCAAGUCGUCAUUGUGAGCCGCUGCACUGAGCGAUUGUUUGGGCAGCAACAAUGGGAAAGCCUUCGGUCAAAACUAGGAACAUGGAGGGGUAACAUUGCAAAUGUAAUAAACACAAUUCAAGCCAAUAAGGUUACCGAGGAGACCGCACAGGCAAACCAGAGUAUGACAGUGCGUUGAGUGUCAAGAUUUAGUCUGUUGCAUCAUUAGAAGCUGUUUAAGGGCACGUUUUUUGUAAUUUACCUUAGAUUUGAGGGACCUGGUUUGAAUCUGUUGUGAAUUUUGGCAAAGGUUUGCUUUCUAUGCUUUCCCUCAGCUUUGUUAUUUUAGACGGUUUAUCCUA